UAUGGAUUUUAAAUGGGUAUAUGAGGAACUUAAUGUAUUGUUGCCUUUUAGUUCUGAUGUGAAAGUUCAGCAGGCCCAACGGGAGCAACUGGCUGUUAUGAGUUUUCUUGCAGGCCUUCCUUCAGAGUAUGAGACUGCUAAAUCUCAGAUUCUUUCCAGUUAUGAGAUUUCCUCUUUGCAUGAAACAUUCACACGGGUCUUUCGUACAGAGAGUACCCAAUCUUUACAGCCUGCCAGUAGUGCUCUUAUUAGCCGUAAUCCAAAUGGACAACAGGGUAAUAGAAGAGGAAGUAGAGGAGGAAUUAUAGGCAACAGAAGUAAUCAGCGUAAUGGAGAGGCUAGUUCUAAUCAGGACUCAAGAGGAAUCAUUUGUUAUUAUUGUCAUGAGCCUGGCCAUACAAAAUAUAAUUGUCCGCAACUUCAGAGAAAAAAAUCAGCGAUCACAGAUGGCAAAUAUGGCAGCAGAGGAUUCUACAGUAUCUUCCUCUGAGAAAACUAUUUUGGUAUCUGCAGAGGAUUUUGCACAGUUUUCCCAGUAUCAGGCAUCUCUAAAGCCUACCAGUUCCCUUAUCACUGCGAUCGCUGAGUCAGGUAAAUCCACUACAUGCCUUGUGUCUUCCUCAUCCAAAUGGGUUAUUGAUUCUGGUGCAACAGAUCACAUGACAGGAUCUUACGACGAAGCAAAUUAUUGGUAGAGGACGUGAGUCAGGUGGUCUCUACAUUCUGGAAAAUCAUGUACCGCGGUCGCUUGUUUGCUCCAAUACCGUAACACCUCUUGAAGCUCAUUGUAGAUUGGGUCAUCCUUCUUUGUCUACCAUGAAGAAGUUGUGUCCUCAGUUUCAGUCUUUAUCAGUACUAGAAUGUGAGUCGUGUCAGUUUGCAAAACAUCAUCGUUUGCCUUCUGUGUCUAGAGUCAAUAAACGGGCUUCAUCCCCUUUUGAGUUAGUUCAUUCUGAUGUUUGGGGUCCUUGUUCUGUUACUUCUAAAACUGGAUUUCGUUAUUUUGUUACUUUUGUUGAUGAUUACUCUCGUGUUACCUGGUUAUAUUUAAUGAAGAAUCGUUCUGAGUUGUUUUCUA